AUGUCUUCGAACCACGCAUCUCUUGAUGCCGCGGCUGUAGAACGUAAAGCUCGACUUGCAAAAUUGGCCUCGCUCAAGCGCAAACAACCACCAACAGACGGGGAUGAAUCAAGUGGUCGAACAGACACCUCCCCGCCAGAUGUUGCUGUCUUUUCGGAUACCUCCAAAUACCUCUCUGGUCGCAACUAUGAUGCUACCGUCCGUGGUCCAAAAUUAGGCUUUGAGAAUGCCCCCUCAGAUGGCAGGCCAACCCUCGAGGACCGGGCAGAAAGCCUAGCACAAGCAGCCCGAGAGCAGGAACAGCAAGAGCAGAAGGAAGAGAAGCCUCUAGAUCUCUUCAAGUUGCAGCCCAAGAAGCCUAAUUGGGAUUUAAAAAGAGACCUAGCAAAGAAGAUGGAUGUCUUAGACCAGAGGACAGACAAUGCAAUCGCAAGGAUGGUAAGGGAAAGAAUCGAGGACCAGAAAAGAAAGGAGAGAGAUAAACUGAAUGGCGACCUUCAAAAUGGAGACGGUGAAAGCGUGGGCAUCGCCGGUGUAGAUCUCGUUGAGGGGGUCAAGGUUCGCGAGAGGGAGGAGGAAGAAGAAGAGCGGAGGGAGAGGGAAGACGAGGAUAGCGAGGAGGUUUAA